AUGACGCAGCAGACGCAGACCCCAAUGGUGAAAGCGACUCUUCAACUAAGCCAAAGUCCACAGAGAAUGCGGAAAGUCAAAGCUCAGCUGCAUCUCCUGCUUCCAAACGAACCUCAGCAGGGUCCUCCAAAGACUCCAGCAGCUCAGCCUCUCCCUCAUCCAAGCCCACGGAAUCUUCUGAGAAAAGCAGUUCAACCUCCUCACUACGAAAAAGUAAAGACUCAUUUGACUCCACCAAACCCGAAUCCUCUAAGGAGGCCGACACCUGCCAGAGAUUCUCAGGAACCAAACAAGGAGGAACCUCAGCAAGUGAAAGAGAGCACACCAACAAAGAAGAGCGAGGGGAAUGCCACCUUUACAAUAGUAGACCCAGUGCAGGAUGAAGUUAUUAAGGAUGAACGGGCCAAAACUCCGGAAAAAAGAAAAAGGGGAAGACCAAAGAAGGACACUAAAGUAACUAAAAAACAAGCUGCCAUGAAGAAUACUGCAUCUAGUAAAGUGGCUGAUGAGGAGGAGGCCAUUUAUCAGAUUGUUGACUCAGUUGAGGAUGAGACGGCUGACAAUGAGCCUUUGAAAGACCAGAAUACAGAAGAGCCAACAGUGCCUAAAGACGAUAAAGACUCAGCAUCACCAAAAAAUGCAGAUGAUGAGGAGGUGGUCGAUAAAGAGGAGUGUUUGGAUCACACUGCUGAGGUUAGUGAUGCUCCAUCUGCUGAAGACGAGUCUGGUACAGCAACGAAGGAAGAGAAGCCAAAAACAGAUACUAAAGAGGCCACUGGGUCCCAAAGUGAGGCUGCUGCACCAGAAGAAAAGACAAAUCUGGAGGAAGACACCCUGGAGCUGGUCACUCUGGAUGAGGUGGGAGCAGAUGAUGCUGGGGAGGAAAGAGCAGUGGAGGGUCAGGACUGGAGCAGGGAGAUCACCAAGGGAGAACCUGCAGAGCUCAUCACUCUGGAUGAGAUUGUUGAAGAAGAAGAAGAGGAGGAGGGGGAAAAGGCAGAGGAAAGCACAGUGGAGCCCCGCCCACCAACACAGGAGAGCCAAUCGGUGGAGGCCGCAGACAUAGAGACUUUUGCGACAGCAGCUGAGGUAGAAGAGGAAGCAGAGAAGACAUCAGGAUCUGCUAAACGCAAACAUGAUGAAACAGGUCAGUUUCAUUCUCCAUCCAUCCAUUUUUUUAACUGCUUGUUCAAGUUCGGGUCGUGGGGGCAGUCGGAAGUUCAGACUUCCCUGAUAGUCUCAUUGCUGGAUCUGCCCCGGGGCCUCCUCCCAAUAGGACAUCAAAUGACCUUGAACAAGAAAGCCUGUUCUGCUGUUCAGUACUGAACAAAUGUAAACCACAGCACCUAGGAGUUGCCCAGGACCUGAGCAGAGUUCGAUUUGCACGAUCAGAUUUUGUGGAGGAGAAGCGAAUGUGUACAGCAUAGUUUUUGUUGGCAGGGCUCUAGAGUGCGUCACAAAUGUGACCAAAUUUUUCAAUGGUGCGACUAAAAUAAACCUUGGGUCACACCGGUGCGACCAGCUGUUCGAGUAACAAAAAA